AUGGCCUGCAAACAUUGUGACAAAUUUCAUUAUGGCAAAUGUUGGUAUGAAGGGAAGCCUAAAUGCCAUGGUUGUGGGAAGCUUGGACACAUGAUCAGAGAUUGCAAUGGACACAAGAAUGUGCAGAGAGUGAAUUAUGCAAAUCAGGUGGAAGAUUUUGGUACUUUGUUCUAUGUUUGUAAUGCUGCAACAGAUGUAAAAGUAAAUCACUCUUGGUACAUUGACAGUGGGUGUAGUAACCACAUGACAGGAGAUGAAGGACUUUUAGUAAAUAUUCAAAGGGAUUUGACCUCUAAGGUGAAGAUGGGAACUGGAGAAGUGGUUCCAGUUGCUGGAAAAGGGACUUUGGUGAUAAAAACCAAGUUAGGUAAGAAGCACAUUCAUGAAGUAAUGCUUGUACCUGGUCUUGAAGAAAAUUUGCUUAGUGUUGGGCAAAUGAUGGAACAUGGCUAUCACCUUGUGUUUGGAGGAAAUGUGGUGAGUGUUUAUGAUAAUCAGUCACUAGAAAAUCUGAUUGUGAAGGUGCAAAUGACAAACAACAGAUGCUUUCCAUUGACAAUGAUGCCUGCGAGUGAGUUGGUCCUAAAAGCAAGUGUCACACAUUGCUUGCAGACAUGGCAUAAGAGGCUGGGGACAUUUAAAUGA